GCGCGGUUCGGCCCCGCUCCGGUCCCGGCAGCGCCGGGCGGGACCGGCGGGGCCGCACCGGGCUCGGCUCCUCCUCGGCGCUGCUGCCGAGCCGCGCUGGGUCUGGACGUUCCCUCCUCUAUCCUCUUGCACUUCCCUCGCCCCCCGUUUUGUUUUUUAAAUUUAAUUUUUUAAUGUGCGGUGCGAGGAAUUUCGUCUCUUUAAACUCCAUGCGGUUCUGCCCCGGUAAACGACACUGGUCCAUCGCCGGCUCGCACGCUCCCUUACAUGCUCAAUCCACACAGGAAGAAGCAGAAGUUUUAACCAUCUUCCCAUGGCAUCUGACUUUUUUGAAGAGGAGGUGCUGCAGCGUGGUGGGAGCUCCUGUAGCUGGAAUCUGGCCUCCAGUGUGGGUGUUAGAGAAAUCAUUGCUUGAGGAAAAAAAACCAAAACACUUGGACCUUUCAAGGAAGGACCUUGCUGUCUCCCAGCUCCUGUGGGCAAUAGGUUUCAUGAAUGUCUCUUGGGAAGAGGACAACUCUGUAGAGCCUAAGUUUCAAAAGCACCUGUUUGUGAUGCACCUCUUGGACCAUGCAGGCUUGAGCACCAUCCAGUGGGAUGUGGUACUAAAUAGUGUCUGUAGGAUUUAAAACAUACUGGGUCAAUGGAUGAAGAAACCUGUAAUCCUUGUUUGUCAGAGAAACAUGCUGAGUUAGUGACAAAUGCUAUAUUUAUUGUUCCAUCCUCCAUUCUCUGUAUGUUCCUGUUUUUAUCUGAAUGGAUUGCACCCACGAGAGAAGCAGUGAGAUCCACAGUGGGGAAAAUGAACCCAGCAGUCCAUCCUAUCCUAUACCUGCCUGAAUAUGGGAAAAGACCUAGUACAAAGCCAGAAUACAGCUGGGUUGCAGUCCUUUUAACCAUAUUAAGUCCUGUUCAGAGUUAAUGAUGAGCUCAGUGAGAUGGUCACAGCAAUGCUGAAGAAGGGAAGGGCAGAAUUGGAAGGCAGGAGCUACUUCAAAGCAGGAUUCUUCAUCUUUCUGUAAUACCCAAACAUGAAGACUUAAUAAACUUCAUUAGAUCCUGCCAUCAAUGAAUGGGUCUCCUGAAAUCAUCCUAUCAGUUACUGCCAAGAUGAGAAGGAUAACAGGAAGGAAGGAGUGCUUAAGUGGCUUUAAUAACAGUUAAUUUAAUCCGUUUAUCAAAUGACAGGUUGCUUUUUCCUCAAAACUCGAUUGUCAUGACAAGAUGCUUUUGGAAGUCAUCUUUGUAAAAUAAAACUGACAAUUUUUAGGGUACAAAGUGCUAUUGUAUUUUUCUUUAGAAUGUUGUCAUUAUGGUAAACUGCUGGAAAGUCUUUAUUUUUGAAGUAAUUUAACUUGCAUACUUCAUUCAUGUAUUUGAAUGUCUGUUGAAUGCCAUGUGAAAAAUUUCUUGCCAGAGUUUUUAUUCAAUGGAAUAGUUACUGUUACAGUGCUCAAUUUAUUAUUGUCUAAAUUACUGUUGCCCUAGCCUCCUGCAAAAAUGUUUUUUUUUUAGUUAUUCUUAAACAAAUAAAGAAUGAAUGAGGUUCUGUC